AGAGGAGAGAGGGUGUCCCGUCUGCGCUGAGCCUCAGACAGACAGCAGGGAACAGCUGCAGCGCUCGCUUCGCCUAGGAAUUCACUGCAUUGCGAUUUCAAAUAUCAGCCGUUUUCAUCCACGAAGACCAAGUCGCGCAGCUCCACCGAGCAAAGCCCCCCGUCCCCUCCCAGCACUAACCAGUAGAGAAAAUGGUCGACCGCGAGCAGCUGGUGCAGAAAGCCAGGCUGGCCGAGCAGGCAGAGAGAUAUGAUGAUAUGGCAGCAGCCAUGAAGUCGGUGACGGAACUGAAUGAGGCUCUGUCCAACGAGGAGAGGAACCUGUUGUCUGUGGCUUACAAAAACGUGGUGGGAGCCCGACGCUCCUCCUGGAGGGUGAUCUCCAGCAUAGAGCAGAAAACCUCCGCUGACGGCAACGAGAAGAAGAUUGAGAUGGUGCGGGCCUACCGGGAGAAGAUUGAGAAAGAGCUGGAGGCCGUGUGCCAGGACGUGCUCAACCUCCUGGACAACUUUCUGAUCAAGAACUGCAGCGACACGCAGCACGAGAGCAAGGUGUUCUACCUGAAGAUGAAGGGCGACUACUACCGGUACCUGGCCGAGGUGGCCACCGGUGAGAAGAGGGCCACUGUGGUGGAGUCCUCGGAGAAGGCCUACAACGAGGCCCAUGAGAUCAGCAAGGAGCACAUGCAGCCCACCCACCCCAUCCGCCUGGGCCUGGCUCUCAACUACUCUGUGUUUUACUACGAGAUCCAGAACGCCCCGGAGCAGGCCUGCCAUCUGGCCAAGACCGCCUUCGAUGACGCCAUCGCCGAGCUGGACACCCUCAACGAGGACUCCUACAAAGACUCCACUCUCAUCAUGCAGCUGCUCCGAGACAACUUGACACUGUGGACAAGUGACCAGCAGGACGACGAGGGCGGGGAGGGCAACAACUAAAGGGAAGCCUCACCUCGAAAAUCAAAAAGUCAAAAAAAUUACGGAGGGCCGGUGGACUUUGGCAGCCGCUUUUGCCGAUGAAACUACCGCAGCAGCAGUUCUUUAUUUUUCCAUGUGUUAAAAGAAAAGAAUCAAAAAGAGAGGUGAGAGUGGGAGGUUAAAAUCUUAGUUCAAUAUAUAUCGAAAUAUAUAUGACAGUUGAGAGGUGGGGCCUCUGUCUUCUUGGUUUUCUCUUUGACAUUUGCCAAAAACCACUGAUACGUCAGUCAAUCAGCCUGAAGUGGUUGUUGUUGGAUUGAAAUGGCAGCCUCACACUGGCAUAGGAACUGAUCUUGUUCUGUCGAGAUAAGCUGCUUACUUAGAUUUUGCGUGAUAGAGAUGCAUUUGAGUCACUUGAGAGAGAAAAUGCUUGAAUGGGGAAUUUAAAAAAAAGGUCUCACAAAAAAAAAAAAUAACUAAGCUGCAUUGGUUCCAGUAGUAGAUGAAAGGGCCCUGAAAGCUGUUAAUGAUACUCUGACAAGUAGAAAAAUCAGCAAAAAUCCCCUAAAUUUUUACACGGUUAUUUCAUUUUGAAAAUUAGGUCAAAAUUAGCUCCCUUACUGCUAAUUUAAAUGUUUUUGACAUCUUAUGGAUAAGUCUGUUGUGUCAUUCGAGCCACUGAUUCUUUUGGAGGCGAGGGUUACUAAAAGGUAGAGACUUAAUGAAAUGAAUUACAAAAAUGGAAAAAAAAGACAAAAAAAACAAACAAAUUAAAGCAGCUUCAGAGUUUGUGGUUUACUUCUGUGUUCGUUUUAUUAAAUGCACAUGCCUACUAUACUGUUUCUUCAGUGUAAGAUGACAACAAUAAUAUUGCUUAUUCAAUAUUGUGCAUGCUGGUGAUGUAUUUAUAUACAGUAGCUUGACUUUAUUAACUUAUACUGUGGGUGUUAAGUAUUCAUAUGAUUGAGAAAAAAAACAGGCUUUGUCUAAUGUUGAUUUUUUUUUUUAAUUUCUAAUUUAUUUUAUUUUAUUUUUGAUUUGCUAUACCAAAAUGGUGAUCGUAAAAAUUGACCUGUAACGGGCGUUGCUUUAGUGACAUGCAAUAUGUGUAUUUAAUUUGUUAAUGAAAGAAAAAAAAGGAUAAUUUACAAAAAAAAUAGAGAAAAAAAAAAUAACCCACCAGUGCUUUCUUAAUCUUAUUGACUGGUGUUUUUUUUUUCCACUUUGAAGAAUGAUUAUGAUAUAUUUUGUUCUCUGAACAGUAUUUAAGUACUUUUUUUCUGUCAUGCUAUCCAGUUUGAAAUGACAAUGGUGACGUUUCCAGGCUCAAUGUUUCUGUUAUGAAUCCGCCUACAUGGACCAUAUUUUGUUUCUGAUUUUUUUUUCUAUUUGUUUUUAUACCUUUUAGCUGUUUUUCUGAGUGACAAAAAUAUCUUGAAUGUGAGUCAUUAUGUAGCAGUUGCACAAGAACCGGAAUAAUAGCUAUGAUAAUAAAAAAGAAUAUGACUAAAUUAUACAUGCACCAUUUCCUCGGUGGUCCAGUGUAUUGUUGUGUCGUCACCCGUGAGUACACGUUGCUUUUAAGAGAAAGCCCUUCAUCCGAAGCUCGUUUUAUUGUUUCGUGUGCUUUAUUCUCCGUGCCUGUAUCGUUUCUACAUGCCUCAUUUGCGAGUAAAUCUCUAGCAUUAAAAAAAGGGAAUCUAUUAUUGUAUUUUGAACAUCCUGCAAGCAUGUUAUAGUUAUGCACAUUAAACACUAAUGCACAACGUUACAAAACAGAGAACGCUUAGAAAAUUUACUAAAGGUUCAGAACAAACACACACAAAAAAAAGCUGCUGCACAGAUUUGUUGUCAUUAAUGCUGCUACUUCUAUAGAUUAAUAAUAUAUCACAUGGACAGCAGGUUGAUCAACUUUUAUCAUUUUUUUUAAAUCGGUGGUUUGAUGGAUUUAAGAGGGAAACCAGAAGCCUUAAGGCCAGUAACACAACCUUGUUCAUGUGUGCCAAUUAUGCUUCUCCAUCCUGAAUCAGCCUGCAUGAGCUCACAGUAUGCCACAGCUGCUUUGAUUUAUUUUUAAAUGUAUCGCAGCUCCAAAAGCUCGAUUUUAUUUUAAUUCAAUAUUCAGUUUUUUGUUGUUUUUUUUUUUUUUAAGUUAUUUGUAAAAGAAAAACAUGUCUGGGACUUUCAUCGUUGCUAAGAGACUUUGCAUUGCUCCUUCUUUUUUUUUUACUUUUCAUUCAGUUUUCUCUGCUUAUUUGGCUUUUAUUCUGUUGUUUCUGUGACUCAGCAUCAUGCAUGUACAAGUUAUGAGGUAGUUGGAUCCAGAGGAUCUGACCUAAUGGUGAAACUGGGGAUACAGCCUGUAUGGUUAGUUUAUUUUAUUCUUUUGGUUGCCAUCUGUUGUCCAUUAAAGUUAUUUGUUUAUUGCUA